AUGGCGUCUUCUGAAGAGAACAGCCCUGUGGGAAUCAUUGAGAGCCCCAGACUUCGUUCUCUCGUCCGAGACGACUCCAUCAGUCCUCUGCUUGGUUUUCCGCCUCCGCUCGUCGACCUUCCUGCCUCGAUCCAGUUUCGCCACAGCAUCAACACUUCCUCCAGCACCGAUCUCGAGCCCGAAUCUGCCGAUAACGUCACCAUGGCUGAUCCGUUUGAGGUGCGCAUGCGCUUCUCCAGCCAGCUGCAGCAUCUGAAUGCGACAGUUGUGUCUCAUCAGAAAGCUGCGGCGUACGCCAUGAAGUACAAGGACAUGGAUGAGGAUCUUCACUCCUGCAUCCUCGAGCAGCUUGAGCGAGUCCUUCAGUGUCUUGAGAACAAGGGGCACAUUGAGAACCAAGUCGUGGUCCAGAUCGAGGAGGUCCUCAAGGACCGCGAAACCAGCGCUCACGAUGCCGGCCUCUCGUCACCUGUCCAGGGUGACCAGGACCUCGGCGACAUGCCCCCGAGCCAGACGAUCCCCAAACCCGGUCGCCCGUCUGCCCCCGGGCUCGACAAGCGCCAGAUCGAGCAGCGCAUCGAAGAAGACCGCGAGCGCCACAAGAGGCUCCGCGAGGACAUCUGGGCCAUCCGGGACCGCGACGCCGAGAUUGAUCGCCUCUGGGAGGAGACUAGUGACCUCGGUGAGGACGAUCAUACGAUGGGCCGCGAGGAGUUUCUUGCCCGUGAGGCGGCUGUUGCUCAGCAGUGCCCCCACUACACACCCCGCGGCCUGGACGACCUCUACGGUCGUAAGGACCAGAACGGCGCCAGUGGCCGCGGCCAUGGCAACGGUACCUCUCACUAG